AACUCACUCCUUCCUUGAACACAUUCACAAGGCCCUUUGGACCAAAGAGUACUCUGCACUCGUACAGUACUUGCAUUAUUAGGCCUUGAAUCAGAGUUGCAGUUGUCAGAGUGAUGAUGAUGAUGAUGCUUGUCCAUGGCUGAGAAGUGAGAGUUGGGAAUACAAAUACAAACAAUACACUUCGGAAUUCUGACGUAGGGCUAUCAGUUCAAUUCAGUUGAUUAACAUAUAUUGUGAUCAUCAUUUUCCCGAACUAUAAGCAACGCCAAACUUGUUCAGAGUUGUCCGAGUCCUUGGAUUGAAGGGUCCACUGAAUCCGAUUUUCCUCCAUACACACUUGCAAAAAUCAGGUCCAACACUCUGUGGUUCAGCCCGAAAAGAUCUCCAUUGCUCAAGAUGGUUUAUGAUCACUGCAUCAAGGGUGACAAAACGCCUCAUCAUCCCGAAAAAAGGCAGUAUAUCGAGUAUCAAAUGGGGAACUUGCCGCUCAUCUUGAGUGUUCCUCAUGGAGGCAUGAUGCCUCAUCCUGACAUUCCGGAUCGAACGUCCAAUAAUCUAAUGGCCGAGCACCCGACGCCAAAUGCACACAAGAAUGUCAAAGUGGUCAAUCUGGCCGACCUUUUCACAAUCGAGAUGGCCAUCAUCAUUGCCGAUACGAUUGAAGAGAUCGUUGGGAAACGACCUCAUCUCAUCAUUUGUCAUCUCAGAAGAACUAAAAUUGACAUCAACCGUGAUAUUGUGGCAGCUACCCACAAUAACCCGUUGGCCAAGGCUUAUUAUCACGACUAUCAUUCAGCCAUCCGGAGAGCCAAGGCCGUCAUUGGACAUCGUGGGCUUCUAUUUGAUAUCCAUGGACAAGCCCACAUGCAGAAUAGCACAGAGAUUGGCUACCUUGUUUCCAAAGCCGCUUUGAACGAUCAAAACUACGACGCGUUCGAUACAAGUAUUCGGGCCUUGGCCAAACAUUCCGGACUCACGGCCCAAGAGCUUGUUGUGGGUCAUGAAAGUUUUGGUGCAUUUCUGGAAGCUGAGGGAUAUCGAUGCGUUCCCUCUCCACGACAACCUUCCCCGGGGAUGGAAAAAUACUUCCGGGGAGGUUAUAUCACUCGGCAACAUGGAUCAAUGUCAGAGGGUCACGUGGACGCGAUCCAACUGGAAAUUCCCAAGGAGCUUCGUCAAGAUGGCGGUCCUGUGGUGUUGGCUAAAUUUGCAAAAUCUUUGGGUUGUGCCAUUGUCAAAUUUUUCCAAAGACAUUAUGAGAGACCAGAGGACGGUCAUUUAUCAAGUAGUGUUUGAUAAGAGAGCAUUAAGAUACAUCUAUUGUUAUUCAUUCA